UGAGCGUUCCUCUCUUGGAGAUAAUGGCCCUCGUCGACGACAUCACCGAGCGUGACGAACCGAGCGGCGUCCUGUGCAGAUGGCUGAGCUGCGUCGCUCCAGCUUCUGUCGGCCGCUGCCUCGGCUCGCUGCCUGCUGCUGCCCGCCGGUCGUUCGACGCACCAGCUUGGGCGGGCUCACACAGGGUCAGUGCGCGGUAAGAAUGUGUCACAUGACGCGACGCGACGUCCAAGGCGCAAGGGCCUCACAGUUCAUCCUUGGUUCUCCUUUUUUCCGCGGGUCAUACCAUCGAUCCUCUGAUCCUACCGCACAAACGG